GAUGCUUCAGGGUGGACGGGGGAGAGAGAGGGGGCCAGAGGGAGCGAGGGCAGAGGGAGAGAGGUUUACAGAUCAAGAGGACGAAGAAACUAGACCUUCUUUCGUCCGCACCUUUAGGACAAAGCUGAGAAACUGAGACGUGUGGAACAGGAGAGCGAACGAAAAGAAAAAAAGGGGACAAAAAAAGAACAUGAAAGAAAGAAAUUGUCAUUAACCGCACUACGAAGUUCUCUCUUUCCUCUCUCUCCCCUCCAUCUCGCACCUCUCUCAAUUUAAUCUUAAAUCCACUUCAAAUUCCCUCAAGGGACUCAAUUCUCCUUUUUUUUCUUUUCCUCAGUGACAGACAGGAGGACAGUGGCACCGGUUCCUCCUGGUAGGACAGCACCAGGAGUUUCCUCCUUCUCUCUGCUUCACUUCCUUUGCUUCCCCCUCCCACACCCCUGCCCACCCCUCCACGAUGACUCUGCUGGCCUCCGAGAGGUCGCUCCUCAUCCGGAACAAGUUCCGCACAGUACUUCAGCUGAGGAUCCAGAACCGAAGACUGAGUGAAAUCAAUGCAGACUCAGGGCUGAAAUCCAACUCAUCUCAAAAAACAGAGAAAAAACAGAAAGAAGCUCAAUGUCUCACUGAGGAUGGUGGCUCUCAGAAGUUGCCCCCUGGUGGUCUGAACCCUGAAACUGCACAAGAGAGAACCGUAUGUGGGGCCCAGAGGCAGAGGAGGAAUCGCCAGACUCAGGACCUUUCAGAGAAGAUCCGAGGACCUCCGGCUACAGCAGAGCAACAACCAGGGCACGCAUUGCCACCGGAAAACUGUCCUGUUUCAUUCUCUGCAGAUGUCUUCGAAGAGGACAUGUCGUCCUCCUCAGUCUCUGACCAUCGCUCCACUCACCAGUCGGUGCCCGUUUCCUCAUUGCCAGUGCUUCCAGCUGACCAAUCAUUAAGUGACUGUUCAGCUGUGGGCCUGACCCUGAAUCAGAGUCCCAGUCAUGCACAGUCUAGUUUGACAUUGCUCCCGGCAACCGUGGGCAUCAGACAACCUCUGAGCGUAACGCUGGGCGAAUCCAACUCCAUGGCAUCGACUGGAAGACAAAACGGGAUGUAUCCGACCUCUCAGACAACACCCUUACUACCAAAGACAGCCCGGCCUUCCAGCCCCACCUGCUCCUCUCUGCCCCCUCCCCUAAACUUUAACCACCUGCCCCGCCCGCGGAAACCACGGGAUAUCAAACCCAAAAUGAGGAAACUCAAGUAUCACCAGUACAUUCCUCCGGACCAGAGGGGAGCGUCCGGGACUGGAGUGGGAGGAGCCAAACAGCAGAGCCCUACCACCCCGACCCAGUCUUUAGACCCGGCCUAUUCCCAUCUCCUGACACAGCAGCAGGUCUUCCUCCAGCUCCAGAUCCUGCAGAGCCAGCAGCAGCAGCAGCAGCAGCAGCAGCUUACAGUCGUACCCAGUGGAGAUCAUAAUGAUCUUGCAAAGACUUGUAGUGCCACGCCUCUGAGUCUCCAGCCGGCUCCCGCCUCAACAAACCAACGCUCCGUGGACACAAACCAUGCAUCCAAGCCUGAGCUGCUUCCUGCAAACCUUGUGGAUCUAACAGUGUCGGAGUUGCGGCAGCAGCUACGUAAGCGUGGCCUCCCCGUCUCGGGCACCAAGCCCGCAUUAUUGCAGCGUCUUCGUCCCUUCCAGCUUCUCCCUUCGUGCCCCACUCCCACUCCCCUUUGCAAACUGGGCACCAGCCCCGAGCCCCUCACCCCCUGCCCCUCACUACCGCCCAGUCAGAGCCCUGGCUCAAGCCUCGGCUCUGGACUGGACUCACCCAGCAGCAGCCCGAACCAACAGCUGUACAUCCAAGACGGAGUUGUUCCUAACGGGAUUCUCUGUGACGCGCCGAGCCGAGAUCCAACUGGAACGCUGAGCGCCGUCCCGAACGGAUACACAAACGCAGCGUCAGUCAGCUUGGCAGGGGAACAGUGCCGCCUCACCAGCGCUGUCUUCUUGGCUCCUGCCAGCACGGCCUCAGGACUUCCAAGUCCCAGUUUACCCGUGUCGUCCUCUUCACCCCUGCAGUGUGGGACUCCGUGGAAAACUGAGCGUGAGCAGCUGCAGCAGCAGCAAGAGCUGAGCGUGGAGCUGCAGAUGAGGGGAAGGAAGAGGAGCAGGCCCAGUCACUCCACCAUGCACGUUGGUAACGAGUCCAGUGAGGGAUCCCUUCAUCCGUUCCUGCAACAGGAUCCAAUGUGCUUUAAAGGGAAGCCAGACAUAAAUGCACAAGUGUUGUUGACUCAGCCGUGUGACGUGAUUGGCCAUGACUUCGAGCUGCCACUGCAGAUUACGGCGAGUCCCGGUCAGACCUCACCUGGCAUUCGGAGCUUGGAGGAAGAACUGCAGGAGGCGAUCCAGAAGGCUCAGAUGGACCCUCGACAGUCCAUAGAUGACAUUCUUAAUGAGCCCAUUACUUGUGAUGGCUCUCUUAAUGUCUCUGAUCAUAAAUCCCCCGCCCACUCAGCCCCCGACCCUUCUUCUUCUUCUUCUUCUUCUUCUUCUCAAACUGAACACUUCCAGUCUUUUCAGCAACAAGACGACAACUUUCUUCCCUCACCUCUUUGCUCCUCGCUCCUUCUGGAGCUUCCGCCAUCUCCUGCCAAAAUAAACCCAAGCCAGGUCGUUCCUGCUCCUCCCCCCCCGCCGCCAAUCUGCAUCUCUCCGCCUCCCUCCAUGAGAAAGUCACGGAAGCGACGAUCCGCCAUGCAGUUUGAUGCCGCCGACUGGCUGGAGACCCUCACUUCGGGCCUCUACCCUCUCACUCCGCCUAAAGCUGCCUUCGUGGAAUCCGACUUCAGUCUGGAUUCAGAUCUGAAUGUGAACCGAGUGCUGGACCUGCUGGUUGAGCAGUGGUGAAGACUCGGAAGAAGUGCACUGCCUUUUUUGUUUGUAACCCUUUUUUUUUGUGUAUGUACAGCAGCCAAAGCCUUUUUUCCAAUAGUCAUGAAUGUAGCGAGAUGUUUACAUUCUGUUAGGGAACAGUUUUCAGAGUCCACGAGGCGGUCAGAGUCAUCGGCUCCACACAAUAUCGAGAGCUGGUUUCAUUACAGCCGUCCCAUUAACUUGGUUGGAGAAAUGAGAACAAACAAACAAACAAACAAAAAGCCCACACACUUACAACCAUGCACCAUAUGAGUACAAAAACACACUGCACUGUACUGUUUAAUGCCUGAUGGCUCAUCCAGAGAUGACCAGAAGAACAACUUGUUAUAUGAAUACUGAUACUUCACAUUUUUAGAGACGGGGUUCUGUGAAAAAUAUAUGAACCAUUAUUACAUUAACUUUUGUAGUUUUAUUUGGACUAAAUUGAAAAGAUAACAGCUAAUUCAAAAGGGGCUAUCAGUUACCCCAACAAUGGCAAUAGUUCAGAAUGAAUUAUUUCCAUUUUACAACAAAUCUAAUCUCAAAGUAUUUACUGAAAUUCAUGUGAAAACUAUGAACAUCAUCACGUUUGAAUCAUACAGUCUAUAACUUUUAUUCCUGUGGUUAUUUGCAAGCACAAAUAGCCGCAGCUAUAGCAUUAAAGUGGACAUAUCAUGCUUUUAAAUCCUUCCUUUUUGUAGUUAAAUCAUUCAGUUGGGGUCUAAAGUGGAA